AUGUGCCACCUAUGUACGUCAAUGCAACCCUUCCGAGACAUUGCUCCUGUAACUCAUAACGGUUUUUCGAACAGUAUUCUUCAGACAAAUCAAUCAGACUCCUCUCUCAAUCCCCUCUUCCAAAAAUUUGAUACUUUCCGGGGUAAUAUGGCCAUAACGACUGAUAUGUACGUCAAUCAGCACAGUCGUCACCCCCAUAGUGCAUCCCAUCUUGGACAUCCUUUACAAUACCAUCACGGAAGCCAUCCUCAAGGCCUUCAUAAUAUCUCAAACCCCUCCAACUGCCACGUACCAUCUAAUGGAUUUCCUCAAAUGGUGCGAGUUUGGGACGUCUGGGCUCAUAACUUCCAAGAAGGUAUGCGACUUGUCCGGAGGCUAGCACGAAACUCGCGUUUUGUCGCUGUUGACACCGAAUUCCCUGGCGUCGUCGCGAAGGUUUUUGGGGAGUAUACAAACAGUUUUGAGCAGGCGUACCACAACAUCAAGGUCAAUAUUGACAUGUUGCGGCCUAUCCAGAUCGGUUUCAGCUUCUUUGGUGAACGUGGUCAAUCCGUGGAUUUAGUUUCUACCGUCCAAUUUAAUCUCAAAUGGAACGUCGACAACGAGACGCACGCAGCCGACUCUAUUCAGCUCCUGGAGUUGUGUGGGAUUGACUUCGAAAAGCUAAAAAUGAACGGAGUGGAGCUCCAGGAGUUUGCAGAGGCUUUCCUCGCCAGUGGUCUGGCUCUCAACGAAAACAUAACCUGGAUUGGCUUUCAUAGUGCUUAUGAUUUUGCGUACAUGAUGAAAAUUUGUACGGACUGGCUUAAGAUGCCGGAGAAUUUCGUCGAGUUUCAGAAGAUGUUGACCAUCUUUUUCCCGCGCAUAAUUGAUCUGAAAGCCAUGAUGAACGAGCACAAGUUCCUCAAAGGUGGUCUUCAGGAACUUGCUGAUGCACUACACGUCCCUCGAAUAGGUUUGCAGCACCAAGCCGGCAGUGACGCCAUGUUGACCGGGGAGACCUUCUUCCGAUUUCUAGAGGAACAUUCUGAUGGAAAGUUGGAAUCCCACAUAGUCAACUUAGUCUAUGGACUUAAUUACUGUCCUAAUGGCUCAACAAACACCUUCAUGCAUGUUAACGGAUCGAGCCCCGUGCCAGAAAUGAACGGGUUUUACGCAAAUUCCUGCAUACCUAUCACCCAACGCAACAAAACCCACAGCGCUGACCACUCUGGCAGAACCUCUCCCGAAGGCUCCAUGAGUGGACACAAGAGCAGUUGA